AUGGGCAGCCAAGGACAGCGCUCAUAUACCAUAUCAUCCACAACCACUCGCACAAACACCGAUAUGUUUUCGAUACCUAUCAACAAAAACGUUGGCAAGCGUGGCACGACGAUGGACAGAAACUGUUACAUUCCAACAAGGUGUUGCAGAGAAAGAGAUACGAAGCCCUUGGGUGGUCAUAACUGCGGAGGGAGGUGCUCAAAUUCUACACCAAACCCACUUAUCAACUUAUCAACUUGGCGACUUACGGCCGUCGCAUGUGUAACUGUAGUGUCCGCUGCUCUGGGAGCAAUGUACAUCAUGGGUCGAGAUGUCAAAGGUAAAGAGCAGCAAUAUUCUCCAAACUCAAGGCCAUGA